CCAAUGGUUUGCAUGUAUGUAGAGACGCGCUGAGCAACCAGAUCAGUGCUCCGCUCCAGUAUAAGUGUCUUACCCGCCCAGAUUCCGCGACUCCUGCCCGGUGCAGCCUCUUCUUCCCUCUACCAUGCCUGUUUCAGAUCUCCUGUGGAGUCCAGUCCUACGCGUGUACACCCAUCGGCUGCUUCUCCUUGCACUCGUCGUCCGGAGUCUCCCAUUUGUCCUGCCUCCAUCGCCUAAAUUCGCGUCGAGUGGGGGCGCAGCGUAUGCGCUGCUGCUGGCACUGUCGAUUGGCGCUGCCCCGUUGGCAAUUGUGCACCAUCUGUCGUGUGUGCGGUUGCGGUUGUAUGCGUGGCUAGACGUUUUGUUGACGGUUCUCGAAGUCAGCGCGUUCGUCUUCUUCCUGGCUGAAUACGAGGCCACGGGCGCGGCCUACGCGUUCUUGAUCGUCAUCCUUCUCCUCCUCUGCGUCUCUCUGUGCUUCAAGUUGGCGACCGCGAGCCAGACUCCGGGCUCGAUCUGGUCCAUGAAAAUCGCAUUGCUGGGGAGGUGCACCCCGAUCAACCCGCCUUACACCCCGUGGCGAAUCCUUUUGGGCAGAUCGCUUGCCCGGCCGCUCGUCCGGGGCGAGUCCGGGGGGAUCAUCGUACUGCGGGCGUUGGUGCUCGUAGCAAUCACUUUGGGCAUUCCCUGUCUGGCGGUCUACUACAUCGUCUGGCUGCCUAUCAAUAAUUCCGUGGUUUCGUACGAAUCGGCAAGACAAUGGAGUAUCGGGAAACUGGCGUUCGUCGACGUAACACCACAGUUUGCUCUGAUUUCCAGCGACUUUUCGAGUUCGUGGAGCCUUGCGGUGCCUACCUUCCUUAACAUCACCCAUGUGUACAAGGCCGCAGCAUUAGGCGACGGAGCUUCGGGACCCAAGCCUGUCUGCAGCAGCAAGGAGGUAUACAAUGCCAGCAGCGUCCCGGGGAUGGUAGCAAAUUGCAACAAUCUAUCGUGGAUCCAACUCUUGAGCAUGCAAUUGACUAUACAGUUCCCGCCGACGGCGGUCUCGACUGACGUCGCCAACGUUUUCCCAGGCGCAGCAGGAGACGUCGCCAAUUUACUGAUGUUCAGUGAUCCGAUCACAGUCGUGCCCAAUGUCAACUUGGUUGCCUCAGUUUCCUGGACCCGCCGAGACUUGACUCCCGUGCGCACUUCCUUCUUCGUAGCGGUUUUCCCGAGACCGAAAGUGGUGUACAGUCUGCACUUGGAGGGCAUCGUGCAGAUCCCCCUGCCCGCAGCGGGUCUUCCUGCGAAUACGUCGCUGCUGACUAUCGUGCAACGCGUGAGCUUCCCAACGAGCUACGUCAAAGAUUACGCGAUCUCGUCGCCCACCGAGGGCCUGUCCGUCCUUGGUGGUUUCUGGACUGCCAUCGACGGCGUGUUUGCGUGGCUCUUCGGCGCCAGCGUCUUGUAUUUCCUCCUAGCGCGCCGACACCUCUCGGCCCUCGGCGCGCUGCAUAUAUUUCAGCGAGGCACGCUCAUCCGGCGCUGGCACGAAGAUUUCCCGCAGCUGCUGGAGGAGGGCGGGCAGCCUGGCUCCGAGUCGGCAGGCGUCGUGGCGUUCAUCCGGGAACGCUUGCUGGACGUGCACGAAGGGAACAGCGGUUUGCCGGAGACCGGAGACUCGGGCUCUCGUGUCAAGCGGGAUGAGAUGGAAACGGUCCAGCUUGUCCCGUUGAGAGAUCAACCUUGAUUCGGAUACGAGGAGAGUCACUCGAUCGGCUAAAUCCAGUGAACAGCACUCAGGGGCUUCGAAGCCUUUCGGCUUUCGGCAGAUCGUAGAUGGCCGAGUUGUUGGAGAUAUUGAAAACGGCACACUAUAAGGACAACAGUUUUCUGGUUUGGGGUUUUAUGUAAGUAUUUUAACAGCAAUUAGAAUGUUGUACGUUUUGAAAGGGACAUCCGGAAUUGACCGAGGGACUCUGGGAAUCUCCGAAUCCCGCUCACACUGCAACUCCGUGGUUCGCCGUUUUGUUAAAAUCGGUAUGUAGACGGAUGCAGAAAUACAUAUUUACAUGUUCCGUCAGAUACCCCUCUGUCAAAGUCUCGAGUCGAGCGAAACUCCAAGGGGAGUGUGCGGUUGAUGGUAACAGUCAGCUCAAG